GGUUCCUUUAGUCCCGAGACGACCCGAGGUAGCGUUGAGCUACGUCCGCUACCAUGUACGAUCGGUCACAGUCUAGACUUCCCCAAGAACUCGUCGACAACAUCAUCGACUACAACAGCAGUUCAGUCAGAGAUCUCAAAUCACUCUCGCUCAUCGGUCGUCCAUGGCUUGCAAGAUCUCGAAAGCAUCUCUUCCGUGUCCUGCGACUCGAUGCUACUUACAAUCCGAAUAUCCUCUCAGAGUCACUCAUCUCCCUCCACGCUGUAUUAUCGUUUGUUCGCCGGCUUAAGCUCGAAUCAACGAUACCCAACAAGCCAUUCCAGCUACCACAUCUAGCUUUGGUCGCAAUCCAACAGUCAUUUCCAAGCCUGCUUCAUCUGACUCUCAAGGGUGUUGUAUUCGCAGACGAUCCCCAGCUUUCACCUUCAUCAAAUGUUUCCCUCAGAAACCUUGCUCUCAUCGGUGUUUCUUUCAAGGAUGCCGUUGCCAUGCUACGAUUCCUAUGCAAUUCAUUGUUCUCGCUUCUCACUUCUCUCUCCAUCGACGAAGUCACCUUCUCCAGUAUUGAUCCCAGACCACCACCACCACCACCAACACUACCGUCUCCAGCUCCCUCCAUCCACCAACCCCCUCAGCUUCAAGAAUUUGUUCUAGGCAACGUCAGAUCAUCCGUAUUGAGAGCGCUAUGGGCCCCUCCAAGUCCGUUUGACUUUUACUCCACUCUCACCCGUGUCUCCUUGUGCAACCGUGUAUCACUCGACUGUGCAGACGUUGCAUUAGCCAAUACUAGGUUAUGGUCCAGCGUCACUCAUCUCGCUUGCAGCGCCUGGCGACUAAACGUAACUUCAUUCCCCCCGAACAUUACACACCUCACCAUGACAUACAAAACUCUCAGCCGUCAAGGCUCAGAGUCCCGCUUAUCACAUCUCGCCACUACUUCUCCCAAAUUACAGCACCUCCUCCUAGUUUUCUAUUGGCCUCACCGCACCGAUUCCGAAAAAUUAAACAAUAUCAUGUCAGAUUUUGACGACGAUUUAGCAACUGUCGCUACCUCGCUCCCUGUACAAAUAUACAUUCGAUUCGUACUCAAAUCAGAGCAUAGCGCUGAUUUCGCCCUCAUGGAGAGGCUUCAGGCUAUGUUUCUGCGCACAGACGAUGCCAUGUGUUUGAAAGGCGACGAGUUCUCGCUUCCUCUUAAUAUCGAGGUCAAGGAGAUUAGUGACACAGAAUACAGAGCGGAUUUACGGCUCGGACUAGGUUUUGAAUACUAG